GAACAUCAAGCCACUACUGCAUAUCAAACUGAGGGAUGUUUAUAUCAGUAGUAGUAGCUCAUUAUUUCAGUAUAUAAUUUUAAAUGGACAUCCUGAACCAUGGCACUAGUCCUCUUGCAACCAUAUGAUUUCAAUCUAACAAAUGAAAGGAAGGAAAAAAGACCAAUAGCAGAAAAAGACUUGGAGUAAAAAAGAUUCAGGUUGGCUGCUGUUACUGUAGCUCCUUGCUACAGGCUGUCCUUACAACCCCUUGGCCAUCUCCUUCGUCCCUGGUGGCUGGCUGAGAUGCCAGAUUUUGCUUUCAAAGCAGGAGUGAGUGGAUCUACUUCAGAUGGCCCUUCCACUGGUGAGAAGAGAGCCCGAACACAGGAAAUGGCUGAUGUUGGUGGAUCUGAGUCCCCUGAGCCUCCCCUUGCUCUGCCUCCGUUUUCGAUGAGCUUCAAAGAUAAGGUAUCAGGGGAUUUUGGUUUGGCCCAAGAUAAUUUUGUUUUUGGGGAAGAUGAUUUUGUAAUAAAAAAUGGACCAAUUCCAUCAAUUGAUUUCUCUGAGAAGGUGAAAGACUGCCUCUACAGACCUUGGCGGACAGCAGUGAUUAUUAAGCUCAUGGGUCGCCCAUUGAGCUAUACUUUCCUGCGGAAUCGUCUCCUUCAACGUUGGGCUCUAAAGGGUCCGAUGAGCCUCAUCGACCUGGAUAAUAAUUUUUUCAUUGUGAAAUUCUUAUUAGAGGAGGAUAUGAAUUAUGUGCUUACUGGAGGACCAUGGCAAAUUGCUGGCCAGUAUUUGGCCACUCAAAGGCGGAAGCCUGGUUUCAAUCCUAAAGAGGAACGGAUCACCCAUAUGACUGCUUGGGUUCGGAUUAAUGGGUUAAAUGUGGAAUACUUCAGAACAGAUAUAAUGGAAAAAAUUGGCAAUCUUGUUGGCCAAACUGUGAAAGUGGAUGCCCAUACCAUGAGUCAAGCCAGAGGUAAAUUUGCUCGGGUCUGUGUUGAACUUAAUCUUGCUAAGCCGCUCACUCCUUUUAUAGUUGUUGAAGGGCGUACUUUUGGGGUUGUUUAUGAAGGAAUUCAAUUGGUUUGUUUUGAAUGUGGCUGUUAUGGGCAUGGUAGAGAUUCUUGCCCUGUUAUCUUACAAACUAAAAAGCAAGAAACUGAAUCAGCAAAUUCUGAAUCAGCAAAUACUGAAAGCAUGAAGGAGAAUACAACAGCAGUUUCGGAAAUUAUUGAGAGUAAGGAGGAGACUACUCCAGUCAAGCAAAUUGGUGUGGAUAGUUUUAGUCCUGAAAACUUAGUUGCUGAAAACCCAGCUAAGAUACACGGCCAAUGGAUGCUAAUGAAGCCAAAGAUUUCCACAAAGAAGAAUCCUAGUGAUCAGGGGCGAGGUGCAGAUACUAGAAAGAAAAUCUCUAAGCGUGAUGGCAAUGAACCCAAUCUUGGUGCUUCUGGAUCCAGGUUUUCUGUGUUGGAUAAUGGAGAUAAUAAUGAUAUGGCAGUUGAGGAGCCUGUUGCUGCAAUCUCUCCUCCUUCUGCAGACCAAAAGGCAAGCAUGAGGAAGCCCAACCGUCCUUUCCAACCAGCAAACUCUAAGUUGAGUGGCUCAGGCAAACAAACCUUGGCUAGUCGAGACCCGAAAGGUUGGAUGUCUAAGAAACCCCUCAAAGACAUCUCUAACCAAGACACUCUUGGGGGUGAUGGCAAGCCACCCAGCUCUGGUACUUGGGGACACCUGAAGAACAAUUUUGGAGCUCGGCCUCUUGCUGCUGCUGGUCUCAGCUCGGUAGGGAUGCAGGUUCCUGGAGCUGAUGUUCAGGAUGAUAUUGCAGGUAAAUUCUCCUUUAAUGUGACAAACCCUUUUACUGGGAACCUUAUGGAUAAGGGUACCAAUCUUUCUGUACUUAUACCUCCAGACCCUGGGAACAAUGUUACCAAAUCUUAUGAGUCUUCUCCUCCUAUGCUAUCUUGUGACACUAUGGAGAUUAGUGAGGAACAAUUUUUUCAUGAUGCUCAUGAUGUUGGUAUGGGGGCUGAUCUGCCUGUUGUCAAUGAUGCUCCCCGUUUGUGUGGAGCUCAGCAAGGUGAUUGUUAAGGGUUUUCCUUGGUCUGUCCCACCAUCUUUUUAUCCAAUGAUUAUUGUCUCUUGGAACGUUAGGGGUGCUGGAAAAACUGAAUGUGCUUGUACUAUCAAGGAUUUAAAGAAGAUCUAUGCUAUUGAUGUUCUUGCUGUUUUAGAGCCUAGAAUCGGUGGUUCUAGGGCUCUUAAUAUUGCUAAAAGUUUGGGUUUCUCUUGCUAUCAUAUUGUUGAUGCCACUGGUUUCUCAGGAGGAGUCUGGUUGCUUUGGAAUGGUCCCUC